CUCCCAGAAGAAGGCUGGGUCCCCUUCCUUUGGGCUUCUUUCCUGUUUCCUGCUGCCAGCAGGUGGGCUAGGAGGGGGAGCCUAUCCAUCACGGCCCUCUAUAUGACGUGGACUCCAUUGCACCUUGGCACCUGGAGGCUGAGCCCAGGACUCCAUUGCACCCGGGAACCUGGAGUUUCCCCCUCUCUGGCUUGGGAACUUCUUAAUGUCCACAGCAAGGCCUGCAGGGAACUGAGGGCACAGUCCUAAGGAUGUUCCAGGUGGAAUAGAAGCCAGAAUCAGAGCUCUAAUUCCUUUCAAUGAUGGGGGCCCCAGUGUGUUUUCUGCUGGCUGGCCUAUGUGUAGGGUUGAUCUUAGGCUGGGUAGGGGGUUCAGUCCCCAACCUGGGCCCUGCUGAGCAGGAGCAGAAUCACUACCUGGCCCAGCUGUUCGGCCAGUACGGAGAGAAUGGGACACUGACAGCAGGGGGCCUGGCCCGGCUUCUUCAUAGCCUGGGGCUGGGCCGAGUUCAGGGGCUCCGCCUGGGACAUCAUGGGCUUCCAACUGGUCCAGUUGCACUCCCAGCUGAAGACAAUUUCACACACAGGCCACAGGACCCUGAGCUGAGCGUGGAUGUCUGGGCAGAGAUGCCACUGGGUCCCUCAGGGUGGAGUGACCUGGAAGAGUCCAAAGCCCCCCACCUACCCCGUGGGCCAGCCCCCUCGGGCCUGGGCCUCUUUCACAGGCUUCUAUUACUGGAUCAUUCAUUGGCUGAUCAUCUGAAUGAGGAUUGUCUGAAUGGCUCCCAGCUGCUGGUCAAUUUUGGACUGAGCCCUGCUGCCCCUCUGACCCCCCAUCAGUUUGCUCUGCUGUGCCCAGCCCUGCUUUAUCAGAUCGACAGCCGUGUGUGCAUCCAAGUCCCAGCCCCAGCACCUCCAGGGAAUCUACUUUCUGCCCUGCUUCAUAGUGCCCUGGCAGUCCUGUUGCUCAGCCUCCCUGCUCCCCUCUCCCUGCUGCUGCUACGGCUCCUGGGACCUCGUCUAUUGCAGCCCCUGCUGGGCUUCCUGGGGGCCCUGGCCGUGGGCACUCUUUGUGGGGAUGCACUGCUACACCUGCUGCCACAUGCAAAAGGAGGGCAACACACAGAACCUAGCGGGCAACCAGAGGAGGACCUGGGUCCAGGGAUAUCGGUGCUUGGAGGCCUCUUCCUGCUCUUCACACUGGAGAACACACUGGGGCUUUUGCGGAACAGAGGUCUCCGGCCAAGAUGCUGCAGGCGAAAAAGGGACCUCGAAACACCAAACUUGGACCCCGAGGAUGACAGUGGGAUGGCCCUUCGGCCCCUACAGGCAGCUCCAGAGACAGGGGCUCAGGGCCAGAGGGAGCAGAACAGCCAGUCCUCACCAACACCAGCCCUCCCUGGGCACCAAAGCCACAGUCACAGGCACCAGGGUGGCAGCAGUGCCAACAUCACAUGGAUGGUCCUUCUAGGAGACGGUCUACACAACCUCACCGAUGGGCUGGCCAUAGGUGCUGCCUUCUCCGAUGGCUUCUCCAGUGGCCUCAGCACUACCCUAGCAGUCUUCUGCCAUGAGCUGCCCCAUGAACUGGGUGACUUUGCAAUGCUGCUCCAGGCAGGGCUGUCCUUUCGGAGGCUGCUGCUGCUGAGUCUUGUGUCUGGAGCCCUGGGUCUUGGGGGUGCAGCACUUGGGGUGGGGCUCAGCUUGGGCCCUAUCCCCCUCACUCCCUGGGUGUUUGGGAUCACUGCUGGGGUCUUCCUCUAUGUGGCCCUUGUGGACAUGGUGAGAGGUGUGGGGAACAGCAGAGAAAUCAAGGGAAGUGGGGAGAUGGGUGUGGAGGAAAGGGAAGUAUCAGUCCCUCUGACUUCUACCAUCAGAUCCUGGAGGGUGUUGCUCCACAGGUCUGCCAGAAUCUGAGACACAAGGGAUAGAAAGUGUUCUGGCAGGGACUAGACACCCUUCCUCUUGAGUUAAGAGGUCAGAGACAAGGUCAGAAUCAUGACAUUCUUCUUUUCUUUCAGCUGCCAGCCCUGCUUCGUCCUCCAGAGCCCCUGCCUACUCUCCAUGUGCUACUGCAGGGGCUGGGGCUGCUGCUGGGGGGCAGC